AUGAACAAAUCAACGGUAAAGCAUCAAAUUGAAUUAACUUUGAAGCAUCUGGAACCCCAUCUCGCAUUAGCAAACGUGCAUAUGGUUGAUUAUUUCACUAAAAAUGCCUUUGCCACACAUAUUCCCCACCAAAUACGAGAUGAAUCUUCAAAUCACGGCUAUCAAGAUACUAUCAGAGCCAUUUACGCUCAGCAAACUGAACAUCUACCGGCAUUAAAUAUGUAUAUUCAGAAGAGUAGAGAACUGACCCUGAAAAACACCACAGUUUGCAUGUCUUUGGCGCAAUUCAGGAACAAAUUAAACGAGCUGGGUGGCCAGGAAGCUUCGUCGUUGAAACUCGAUAUUUUUAUGAAGUCGAAAAAAUCUCAUGAAGUGGAAAUAUUGAGUGGUGCAGUGGCUGCUAUAAGGGAUCUAUCGCGUACCUCACAUUUAAUCGAUAUAGGAGAUGGAAAAGGUUAUCUAAGUUCAAUGCUGGCUUUGCAUUACCAAAUUCCCGUUCUAGGAGUAGACGCUUCAGAAAUAAACACAAAUGGGGCCGUCGAUAGAGCCAAUAAAUUAUCAAAAGUUUGGAAUGGCGUCGUGACAAACAUCAAAACAAGAGAAACUAGCAUAAAUUGCUAUAAACAAAUCACAAAAUUUGUGGAUGAAAAGGUGGAUUUUCCGGAACUGAUUUCAAACAUAUUUUUGCAAAAAUCGGACAAAAUUGGAUUAGUCGGGCUGCACACAUGUGGCAAUCUAACACCGACUUGCUUGAAAAUCUACAAUGAAUGCGAUUCAAUUCGAACAAUUUGCAACGUUGGCUGUUGCUAUCACCAUUUAACAGAAGAAUUCCCUAAAGCUCCGAGUAAUAAAAUCGGGUUUCCACUCAGUGCCUUUUUAAAAAACAAAGAAUGCGCUAUUGGAAGAGGGGCACGGAUGGUGGCAGCUCAAUCCAUUGAAAGAAUUUUAGAUAGCAAAGACCAACCCAACAGGUCAAUAUUUUAUAGAGCAUUGUUUGAAAUUAUCAAGAAUCAGCAUUCGCAGGCGGAAUGUUUAAAGGAAAAACAAGUAGGCAGGUUUAGAAAGCCCAUUCCGCUGUUUCUGGAUUAUGUACAAAAAGCCUCCAAAAGACUAGAAAUGCCCCUAGAAGUGUCUGAAACCUACAUUAAUGCACUUCUUGCUGAGUUCGAACAUAGAAGUGAUGAGAUCGAUUUGUUUUACUUAAUCAGAGCCAUGUUGGCGCCAGUUGUGGAAAGUUUAAUCAUACUCGAUCGAGUUUUGUUUCUACUGGAAAAUGAACAUUAUAAUUCCUUUAUUGUGCAAUUCUUUGAUCCGGUAUUGUCUCCUAGGUGUUAUGGAAUUGUUUCAAUAAAAACGUAAUUGUUA